AUGUCUGAACGGCCUCAAGGCAACCUCCUUCCGCUCAUUCGCGCGGGCCACGUCGUCUCCAUCUGGCACGACAUCGUCCUCUUCUCCCCCUUCGCCGCCGCCAGUCCCCGCUCGUCCCGCAGCAAGCCACCCCCGCUGCUCAACUUCAUCUGCACCGACACCUCUGGCGACCCCUUCGCCGAGCCCGACGCCGCGUUUCCCGUGAUUCUGGACAACGCGCCGUUGGAGGCGGUGGAGGUGGGCGCAAGGGAGCGCGACCCGGGCGACGUGUUCCCCGUGCUGCCGCUCCUCGCGCUGCCCGUGCGCCUGCGGCCAGGCCUGAAGUCGGAAGUUUCGUGGAAGCUGGUCGUAGUAGCGGCGGACGAUCCGCAAGUCGAGGCGGGGGAGACGGCGGCCGUCGCGGCGACGGCGCUGCCGCAAGUGAAGGCGUGGGCCGACGCGGGAGGGUUCACGACGGUGGGGCCGAACCCAUGGCGGAUCCUCGAAUCCCCGCAGCGCAGCGACGCGGACGACUGGGAGAAAACGGCGCGGAAGGCGCAGCGCGUGGUGCGCGAGGCGCAUAACGUGUGGAGGCUGCUCGUCGCGACGCUGCGCCGCCCCUCGCUGCAGCGGGGGCACCGCGUGAGCGAGCACGCCGUGGAGGGAUGGAAGGAGCACGACGGGGUAGACGCGGACAAGAAGACCGGCAGCAGCAGCAGCAGCAGCAGCCGAAGCCACGAGAACAGCAGCCUACUUCAGCUACUUGCGCAACCCGCCGGUGGCAGCGGGAUUUUGGGCGGAGAGACGAACGGCGGGAGCUGCAGGAGCGGCGGCGGAAGUAUCGCCGGGGCUGAGCGCGCGGCAGGAGGAAAGGCGGGGUCUCAGCGGGGCGUGCUGUCCGCCGCCGCCAAGGCGGCAGCCGCGGCCGUGGGGGCUGCUCGUGGGCUUGCGCGGCACAAGGAGGCGCGGGCGCGGGGAGGGGGCGACGACGACGCGUCGCAACGCGAUCCGAUCGAGGACGGUGUAAGAGACGACCGUUCCGAUUCCACAGACGACGAUGCCGCCCAAGAUGAGUUUGCCGCCCAAGAUGAGUUUGCCGCCCAAGAUGAGUUUGCUGCCCAAGAUGAGUUUGCCACCCACGACUCCGAUUCCGCCCAAGAUGAAUGUGCAGGGCAAGUUGACUACGCAGGGCAAGAUGAUUACUACGUUACGCUCGUGGGAAGCGAUGAGGGCGAGGUGGAGAAGGAGGAGGAAAGGGACAGGGAACCCGAAGGGACGACGCAGUUUGAACGAGCAGGGAGUGAGGGCAGCGGCGAUAGCAGCAGCAGCAGCAGCAGCAGGCACAGGCCCGUGCCGCCGCGCCAAAGUUCGCCCGUGAGAGCAGCAGCUUCGCCGAAAGCCUCGCCCGUGAUGGGCGCUGCUCCGCGUGCUCUUGUGCGGGGUGCCACGUGGAGCGCGGGUACGGGCAGCAGCGCUACUAGCGACGGCAGUGGUGGUGGGAGGAACAGUUGGGCGAGUGUGGAAACUAGUCGAAGCUUAUCGAGCAAAAAUAUCCGGCCUGCGUGGUCCGGCCUGGACUCCAUCUUCCACAGCGGGCCCCUGGUAGUGCGGCGCAGCAGGUCGGGGCUGGAGGGUGGAGGCGGUGAGCAGCACAUCACCCCCAGAACCCGCAGCCUGGGCUCACAGGGCGGGGCGGCCGGAGGUGGUCGCAGUAGGGAUGGCGACUCCCCGCCCUCUCCUGACAGCGAUGCUGCUGCUCUUGUGGGGUGCUAUGGAGUGCUGAUGGGGCAUCGGCCGGACAGGCCGGCGGUGCCAAGGGAGGGGCUAGGGGAGGAGGACGUUAGAGAGCAGCAUGAUGCAGCGCAUGGGAGCAGGUGGUCCUUCUCCCCGUCUCUGGUUCGGUCACGCACCGACCCUGCCAGCUUCGGAGCAGGCCAGAGGAGGUACAGCCUGGACUCAGGCAGCAAGGGCAAGGGGUACGGGCGUGCAUCAAGCAGCGGGGGGUAUGAGCGACCCCGAAGGGGGUUCUCGUCUGGUGGGCGCUCUCACAGUUCCUUGGGCCCAGCCUCUCCUCACCAACAUGCACCUGCGCUCACUCGUCGAUGGAGUGCCGCAGCCGCCCACCGCAUCUCCCUGAAGCACCUGUGGAACCGCAGCGGCCGGGAUGCGGACUCCUCGCCGGCUGGUGCAGAGACAAGCGGGCGCAGCUUCCGAAGCAGUCAGAGCUCUCGGGGGACACAUGCUUGGGGUGACUCUGAUGCAGGGCAGGGGGCUGUGGGGAGCGACAUGCCAUGGCAGCAGCAGGACCAUGCCAUGCACCCCCCUGCUUCCCAUGCUUCACACGCAUCACUUGCUUCUCACUCUUCCCACGCUUCACCUGCUUCCCACGCUGCACCUGCUUCCCACGCUUCACCUGCUUCCCACGCUUCACCUGCUUCCCACGCUUCCCACUCUCCCCACGCUUCCCACUCUCCCCACGCUUCCCACUCUCCCCACGCUUCCCACCCUUCCCACGCUCUCCACUCUCCCCACGUUUCCCACUCUCCCCAUGCUCCCCACUCUCCCCACGCUUCCCACUCUCCCCACGCUUCCCACUCUCCCCACACUCCCCACUCUCCCCACUCUCUCCACACCUCCCACUCUCCCCACGCUGCCCACACUUCCCGUACCAUUUUCCAUGUUUCCCACGCGUCUCUUGAUUCGCACCCAUUCCGCGCUCCCAUGCGGACCAAGAUCAGGCGCACUUCAUCGUACGAGCACGCGGGCACUGAGCGGGCAGCAGCAGUGGAAGACAUGCCACGGGAUCCAGGGAGACGGGUUCUUGUGAAGAGCGUGUCACACGAGGCUCAACGGCAGAUUAGGCCCGCUGUGGUCACUAGACCGCAUACUAGCUCCGGAAGCAGCCGGCACAUGGGGUUGGACUUGGAGCCGCCAGGCGCCAUUGAUUAG